CUGGGCCCUCGAUUCUCUCUCGCCGCGUCGUCAUCGGCGUUGUUGUUACAACUCCGACUUUUGAAGCGGCUCCGCAAGACCCUUCUCUGGCCUCUCGAUUAGGACGUCGGCGAGGACGACGACGACGAGGAUGAGGAGGAUGACGAGGGACGACGCGAAUAAUAGCCGCGAGACGGCGCACGGGUGCGAAAAGAGAUGCACGAGAAGAGACGUCGUAGCAACUUGGGACUAAUAUCAUUGGAAAGGGGAAAUUGUCGCGCUUCCGCUGAACAUACUUCUGUGGCACAAACAUCAUACAGUAUAAUUAUAUCCUGCAGAACUCGCUUCCGCGCGGUGGACGAAAACACAUUUCUAAUGGACAUCGAACCGGAGUAUCCGGAUCAAGCCGAACAGGAUCGACUCGUAGGGCGUAUCUGAAAGUCAAGUUGUGAUCUCGAUAAGUGCUGAGCAAUCAUAACGUUCAUUGACGCGUCGGUUAACAGAUCGGAAGACGUCACGCGUGACUCCUGGCUUUUACGAAUCGGUCAAAAUGCACGUGAGUCGCGUUACGCCGUUACAGAUACAAGUAUCGGUCGUGUCGCGAGUGCACUGAAGUGAAAUGAAACGGUAGCCAACAUGGAACCAUGCAGCUGUUAGUUUCCUCUAUGGAUGUCGGUGAACUUGACUGGACGGCAGUGGACUCAGCUGCAUAUCGAGAUCCAAUAGAGCACACGCAGUCACACAGCUCUAGGGGAUGCGAUGCCUGGUGGAUGACGCGCCGAAGGUUCGGGCCUGUCUGAGUCGGCUCGAAAAACGAGCACUCGACUCCAAGGGGAUGCUGCGCCGGAGGAUCUGGCUCGGGCCUGGCAGAGUCGGCGCAAAGAGACGAGGCAAGCGACCAGCCGACUCUAAGAGACUGCUGCGCCGGAGGAUCCGGCUCAGGCCGAGCGCGGUCUGCUCGAAGAAACGAAAGCAGAACGUGGCAGCCCUAAUCAGCGGUUCGGUCGCUCGACUCGUCACAAGAAUCCGAAAGGACAGGCAGGAAUGGAGGGGAGGGAGAGAGUUUCCUACCCGGAAACGCGUUCAACAGUAAAACGCUAAUUCGAUCAGGAGGUAUAGUCGGCGAUGGAACAACUAGUUUCCCUAGAAGAAGAGGAGAAGGAGGGAGAAGGAAGAAGAGGAGGAGGGGGAGGAAGAUAACAAUAAGAAGAACAAGAAGAAGAAUACGAACAAGAGGGAGAACAAGAAGAAGACGAAAGAGAGAAGAAGGAAAAAAACAAUACGAUCCUCUAACGAGAAAGAAAACGGAGUCGAGCGCGAGCGAACGAAGGCUCAAAGGCGCACACGUACGAUGCUCCGUUACGCGCAUGCGUCAGAAGCGGUAUCCAGCAACGUUCAGAGUAGCGUUCAGGCCGCGCGUUGCUGAAGCGACCAAACAGUCCCGC